AUGGCCAGGUGCUGCGAGAGCCAAGUAAUUGAUGGAACUCGGAGGGCUGGAGAUGCAAUAGUCACAGAUACAGAGGAAUUAGAAGCAAAACCUUUGCCAGCUAACACCUUUGUCCGAAAGGCUGAGCUGGUAGCUUUAAUAAGAGCCCUGGAAUUGGCAGAAGGAAAAAUUGUGACUAUUUGGACAGAUUUAAAUGAUUCUCCUUUGCCUGUUUCAUCGCGUGUCUGUUUUGUAAAGUUCCAUGAUCCUGACUCGGCAGUUGUGGCCCAGCAUCUGACAAACACUGUAUUCGUUGACAGAGCGUUGAUAGUCGUACCAUAUGCAGAAGGAGUUAUUCCUGAUGAGACUAAGGCUUUGUCUCUCUUGGCACCAGCUAAUGCCGUGGCAGGUCUGCUGCCUGGAGGCGGACUCCUGCCUACUCCCAACCCACUUUCUCAGAUUGGUGCUGUUCCUUUAGCUGCUUUAGGAGCUCCUGCUCUUGAUCCUGCCCUAGCUGCUCUUGGGCUUCCUGGAGCAAAUUUAAACUCUCAGUCUCUUGCAGCAGAUCAACUACUAAAACUUAUGAGCACAGUGGAUCCAAAGCUGAACCAUGUAGCCGCAGGUCUCGUUUCACCAAGUCUGAAAUCAGAUACCUCCAGUAAAGAAAUAGAAGAAGCUAUGAAAAGAGUACGAGAAGCACAGUCGCUAAUUUCUGCUGCUAUAGAGCCAGACAAAAAAGAUGAAAAACGAAGGCAUUCGCGGUCCAGGUCACGCUCAAGGAGGAGGAGGACACCUUCUUCAUCUAGACACAGACGGUCAAGAAGCAGAUCAAGGAGAAGGUCCCAUUCAAAAUCAAGAAGCAGGAGGCGAUCUAAAAGUCCAAGGCGAAGAAGAUCUCAUUCCAGAGAGAGAAGCAGAAGGUCCCGGAGCACAUCCAAAACCAGGGAUAAAAAGAAGGAAGAGAAAGAAAAGAAACGUUCUAAAACUCCCCCCAAAAGCUACAGCACAACUAGACGAUCGAGAAGCACAAGCAGAGAAAGACGACGUAGAAGAAGCAGGAGUGGAUCACGGUCCCCUAAAAAACCCAGGUCUCCUAAAAGGAAAAUGUCCCGGUCCCCAUCUCCAAGAAGACAUAAAAAGGAAAAAAAGAAGGAUAAAGACAAGGAGAGAAGUAGAGAUGAGAGGGAGCGGUCGACAAGCAAGAAAAAAAAAAGCAAAGACAAAGAGAAGGAUCGAGAACGGAAAUCCGAGAGUGAUAAAGACGUGAAAGUCACAAGGGAUUAUGAUGAAGAAGAACAAGGAUAUGACAGCGAGAAGGAGAAAAAGGAAGAAAAGAAAAUGGCUGAUUCUUCCUCCCCUAAAGCGAAGGAGUCUGCCGGGGAUAAAGGAAGCGGGGAUCCAGCCAGGGAAUCCAAAGUGAACGGGGAUGAUCAUCACGAAGAGGACAUGGACAUGAGUGACUGAACUUUGCCUUUGCAGUGACCGCGGCUGCAGACGUGCAUCAGUGUCAUUCCUGUGUGAUUCUUUUACGCUGUACUUGUUAAUCCUAAAUCUAGAUGUAUACGGCUCAGAGCUAUCCAUGGUUUGUCGAUCUCCUGAUACUAACUCGCGUCAAAAAGCUUUCUAGAGAGGUAACCGUUCUCGUUACGGCCGAAAGGGACUGCGUGGCCAAGCGAUUUUUACUAACUUGGUGAUGCUUCAAGCAAAAGUAAAAAGCUGCAUGCAUCUACAGCAGGCAUGGACUGUUUGUUGUAUGAUCUCCUUUAGUAAAUCAGCUCACUUAACGAUAGUGUUUCUAGAAUUUGAUUCCCUGCAGUAAUAGAGCAGUAUAGGGAAUGCACUGGCUGCAUGUUGAUUGUGGCAGAAACAUCCUCCAUGUUCUACAGUCCUACAACGUACGGUGGAUCUACUUAAGGGUCUUAAGUGUGACUACACAAAAAAAAAAAAAAAAAAUAAAAAUAGGACAGUACAUCUGAAAAUAAGCAUUCUGAUAUAGAUAGUUUUCUGGUUUUGUUUUGGUUUGUUUUUUUUAAGCCACGUGGCUGGGGUUGGUUUGUUUCGUUUUGUUUCUUCCGGUUUUGUUUGGCUUUGACAAAGUUAAAAUGCACUCACCUUUUUGAGGGCUUUUUUUAAUCCGUCAGUUCAAACCCAUCUCAGGCAGUUGUAAUGGUUCUUUUCUCCUUGAGCCUCGGGAAGUGAAAAUCUCUGCGUGAUCCGUGCCCAGUGAUUAAAGGUUGAUUUGUGCAGUUUUCAUAAUCCAGGUCGUUUUAUUUGUUAAUGAGCUAAACGCAGUGCAAAAAGGUAGUGCAUUUUAAAAUUGACCUUCGUAUGCUUUUAAAAGCAAGUCUACUUGAUAAUGUACUUUUUACUUGAUCUCAAGUUGUAUAAACUAAUAAAUUUGUGUUUACUGUCACUGCAGUAGUAAUCUUAUGCACACAGUGAUUCCAUGUUAUAUGCAGAGUAGUUAGGCAAGCUGUUUUCUUAGUUACGGAAGUUCAAGAGCUUUUACUUUUGUGCAGGUAAAAAGACAAAAGUAGGCUACAGUCUGUGCCAUGUUGAUGUACAGUUUCUGAAAUUGUUUUACAAAACUUUGAUAAUAAAACCCUUAAACUUA